AUGGGAAGCCCCGCCUCCCGGCGUGACGUCAUCCGAGCGGCGCGCGCAGCGGCGGCGGCCCAGGAGCGAUGGAGGCGGCGGGAAGCGGCGAGGACGCCUCCGCAGGGACCCUCGUGGUGGAGGCGGUGGGAGACCCCGGUCUCCCCACCAGCAACCAGCCCCCCCCCGACCCCUCCCAGAGCGUGGGGACCCCCCCCCAACUUGGGGGUUACCCCCCCCGAGGAGGAGCACGGGGGGACCCAAGCGUCCGGGAACGGACGGGACGGGGGGGGGGGUCCCCUCGAGGGGGAAGGGCCGCAGGGGGCCCCCCCGGCCGGUGCCAGCCCUAAGGGGCUGCCAGGCCACGCAACGAAGACUCUGCCGGGCUCUCCGGGGCGGGGGGCAGUUGGGGGACCCCCCCCAGCCCCCCCGAGCCGGGCUAAGAUGUCCCUGAUGGGGGCGGGGAAGUCCCCCCCGGGGCAGAGCCUGGCCCUGCGGCUCCUCAGCCUCCCCGGGGGGCGACCCCCCCCCGCCACCUCCCCUUUGGCCCCCCCAGAACCCCCCCCGGCCCCCCCAGAACCCCCCGCCCGCCCCAAGGUCCACCGAGCCCGCAAGACCAUGGCCAAGCCCAGCAACGGACAGGUCCCCGAAAAGCGGGUGUCGGAGAUGCUGCACUUCAGGGUGUCGGAUGAGCUGCGCAGCAUCGAGGAGCCCGAGCCCCCCAAACGCCCCAAACUGGACUACGGCCCCGAGGGGCUGCACAAGCGGCUGCAGAGACCCAGCCCCCGCGCCAGCACCGAGAUCACGGUGACGGAGGAAAUGGCCGCCCCCCCCCGCGGCGCCCGCCCCAGCGACGAUUGGGACAGCGAAGGCGGCGGCGGCUUCUCCCUCUUUUACGACGGCUUCAGCGUGGAUGGGCACGGGGACUCGGACAGCAAGUCGGAGGGCGAGGGGGCCGGUGAGGUGCUGAGCGAGGAGGAGGAAGAGGAGGAGGAGGAAGAAGAGGACGAGGAGGAGGAGGAGGACGAGGAGGAAGAGGAAGAGGAUGAGGAGUCGGGCAACGCCUCCGACCGGAGCGCCUCCAGCGCCCGGCGCAGAGCUCGGCGCCGCUGGAAGGAGAGUCCCUGGCUGAAACCCGCGCGGAAGCGCAAGCGGAAGGACCCCCGGGCCAAGGAGAGAGGGGUGCCUGGGGCCCCCCCCGGGGCCGCCCCCAGCGAAUACACCGAGGUGCCCCUGGGCUGCCUGCAGCUGCCGGGGGGGGGGGGCCCUCUCCCCGCAGCCGCCACGCCCCUUCCCCUGAGCCCCGCCCCCCACACCUUCAUCCCUGUCCAUGGGGGGCUGUGGCUCCGCCCCCGGAGCCAGACCCCUCCCCUGGGUGCCUCAGGCCCCACCCCCCAGAGCCAGGCCCUGCCCCCCCCAAGCCCGGCGGGGGCACUGGAGGCGGAGCGUUUCGAGGAGCUGCCGCUCUGCUCCUGCCGCAUGGAGGCCCCCAAGGUGGAGAGGGGGGGGGACGGCGCCAGGGGGGUCUGCAUGGCCACCGAGAGCGUCGACGGGCAGCUGAGCGGCUGCGGCAGCAGCAUCCUGAAGCGGGAGACGAUGCGCCCGUCCAGCCGCGUCCCGCUCAUGGUGCUGUGCGAGAGCCACCGCGCACGCAUGGUCAAGCACCACUGCUGCCCCGGCUGCGGGUACUUCUGCACCGCCGGGACGUUCCUGGAGUGUCACCCCGACGUGCGCAUCGGGCACCGGUUCCACCGGGGCUGCGUCUCGCAGCUCAACGGGAUGAUUUUCUGCCCCCACUGCGGCGAAGACGCCUCCGAAGCCCAGGAGGUGACGCUGCCCCGCGCCGAGGGGACCCCCCCGGCCCCCCCCCCCGCCGCCGCCGCCGCCGCCGCCGUACCCCCUGAGCCCCGACGCCGCGCCACGGCCCCCCGCCCCGACGCCCCCACCCCCAGCGCACGGAUGCGGGGGCAGGGCGAGGGCCGGGCCCCCCCCCCAGACCCCCGGGCCGAGCCCAUCGACAGUUCGGGGGGGCCGGCGCUGGCGCUGCCCUCGGGGGGGGCCCUCUCGGCGCGGGGGCUGGCGCCGGGGCCGGCACGGGACCUGCUGGAGAAGGCGCUGGUGGGGCAGGAGGCCGAGAGGCGGAAGAAGCUGCGUUUCCACCCCCGGCAGCUCUACGUCUCGGUCAAGCAGGGGGAGCUGCAGAAGGUCGUGCUCAUGCUGCUGGACAACCUGGACCCCAACUUCCAGAGCGACGCGCAGAGCAAGCGCACCCCCCUGCACGCGGCCGCGCAGAAGGGGUACCUCGAAAUCUGCCACCUCCUGCUGCAGGCGGGCGCCAACAUCAACGCGACGGACAAACUGCGCCGGACGCCGCUGAUGGAGGCCGUGGCCAACAACCACGUGGAAGCGGCGCGGUACAUGGUGCGACGCGGCGGCUGCGUCUACAGCAAGGAGGAGGACGGCUCCACCUGCCUCCACCACGCCGCCAAGAACGGGAACCUGGAGAUGGUCGACCUGCUGCUCUCCACCGGGCAGGUGGACGUCAACGCUCAGGACAACGGGGGUUGGACCCCCAUCAUCUGGGCGGCCGAGCACAAGCACAUCGAGGUGAUUCGCCGCCUGCUGACGCGCGGCGCCGACGUCACCCUCACCGACAACGAGGAGAACAUCUGCCUGCACUGGGCGUCCUUCACGGGCAGCGCGGAGAUCGCCGAGGUGCUGCUGAACGCGCAGUGCGACCUGCACGCCGUCAACUUCCACGGGGACACCCCCCUGCACAUCGCCGCCCGCGAGAGCUACCACGACUGCGUCAUGCUGUUCCUGUCGCGGGGGGCGGACCCCGAGGUGCGGAACAAGGAGGGGGACUCCCCCCUGGACCUGACGCUGGAGCACUCCGAGGUGUGGGUGGCCCUGCAGCUCAACCGCAAGCUGCGGCAGGGGGCUGCGGGGCGGGCGCUGCACACCGAGCGCAUCAUCAGCCGGGACGUGGCGCGGGGGUACGAGAACGUCCCCAUCCCGUGCGUGAACGGGGUGGACGAGGAGCCGUGCCCCGACGACUACAAAUACAUCGCCGAGAACUGCGAGACCUCCACCAUGAACAUCGACCACAACAUCACCCACCUCCAGCACUGCACGUGCCAGGACGACUGCUCCUCCAGCAACUGCCUCUGCGGGCAGCUCAGCAUCCGCUGCUGGUACGAUAAGGACGGGCGGCUGCUGCAGGAGUUCAACAAGAUCGAGCCCCCCCUGAUCUUCGAGUGCAACCAGGCCUGCACGUGCUGGCGCAGCUGCAAGAACCGCGUGGUGCAGAGCGGCAUCAAGGUCCGGCUCCAGCUCUACCGGACGGCGAAGAUGGGGGGGGUGCGGGCGCUGCAGGCCAUCCCCCCCGGAACCUUCAUCUGCGAAUACGUGGGGGAGCUGAUCUCGGACGCGGAGGCCGACGUGCGGGAGGACGAUUCCUACCUCUUCGACCUGGACAACAAGGACGGGGAGGUGUACUGCAUCGACGCGCGUUACUAUGGCAACGUGAGCCGGUUCAUCAACCACCUGUGCGACCCCAACAUCAUCCCGGUGCGGGUGUUCCUGCUGCACCAGGACCUGCGCUUCCCCCGCAUCGCCUUCUUCAGCAGCCGCGGCAUCCGGCCCGGGGAGGAGCUGGGGUUUGACUACGGGGACCGGUUCUGGGACAUCAAGAGCAAAUAUUUCCCGUGCCAGUGCGGCUCCGAGAAGUGCAAACACUCCGCCGAGGCUGGGGGGGGGCGCGGGGACCCCCCCGAACUGCUGCCCCCCCUCCUGGCCCUGCCCCCCCCCUGACACUUCCCCCCCCCCACCCCCACGGACCCCCCCAAAGCUGUUGGCCCCUCCCUGAGCCCCCCACAUCCCUGUGCCCCCCCAUAUCCCUGUGCCCCCCCACAUCCCUGUACCCCCCCA